CUGUGGUUGUUGUUGUCUGUGUGCGAGGAUUUAAGUGCAGGGGAUCUUGUUUUCCGGGAAGCAGGGGGAUGUUUAGCUUGAAUGUUGUUUUUAUUCAGUAAACAAGUAAACGCAAACCAUUGACAUCAAUUUGAAAUAUUUGUGAACUCGCACUGGUUGCUGAUACUUCGCUCCUGCUGUAAACAGCAACGUUAUCGAUGCUGUCAAACAAAUAACGCAUGUUUUUUUUUUUUUAUUACCCUCUAAAUAUUCUCGGUUUUUUGUUUUGUUUUGUUUUGUUUUGUUUUAUUUUUUUUGACGUUGAUGCCCAACACAGAAGUACGUUUAAUCAUACAAAAACAUGCCACGCAAGAGGCGAAAUCCCUCAGGGGAAGAGAUGGCCGUUUCUAGGAGGACGAGGCAGCGCACCAAUACCAAUAAAAACACGAACCAGUCUAUAGUCAUUUCUGACAGCGAAAAUGAGGAAGGAGAUCGUGGAUUGGUGCAAAGGCAGGACGGACGUUUGCGGGAAAGAGAGAAAAUAAAGCGACACAGCCCAGAGAUGACAGAGGAACAGAUGCUAGACCUGGCAGUGAGAAUGAGUGAACAGGAGGCCAGUCAAACACGCGAAGAAGAGGAGGCCCUGAGGAAGGCUAUUGAAGAGAGUCUUUGUGAAAACAGAGUUUCCCAUAAAGCGGACCAGAGCAGACCAGCGGGUGUUCAACAAAACCUAGGGAAUAAAGGAAAAGAAAAAACGCACUCCACUGAACCAGAUGCCAGUCUUCUGGGAGACUCCCAGAGGGAAUCCAUCCUCGGGAAGGUUAAUCCUAGAGAGCGAAGCCCCAUUCUCGUCUUGGAGAAGUUGAGCCAAGAUGUGGUUGGCAGCUGCCAGGAGUUGGGUUUCAUCGAAUGUUCACAAGACUGUCCUUUGACAGUAACACCUCUAUCUGCUAAAAGAACGAGCGAGGGGAACCAAUUGAAACGUAAAUUCCGAAGGACAGAUCCGGUAGGCAGCAGUCGAGCCGACGGAGGGGAGGGCUCGUCAGCAAACCUGUGCAGCGGCAAGAGAAGAGGGCAGCAGGGCAGCACAACUCCUCAGGAACUGGAGACCUGCCAGCAUCCUGCAGACACCCCCCAUUGGCCCCCGGAGAAGGAAAAAAGAACCUGCCGUAAAACUGAACAGAACAGAUCCCCCCUAAGGAUGGAAGAGGAUGCUUCUCUAAAAGUCAUCACGUUGGACGACUUCCAGGAUUCUGAGUCCCUCUUGAGUAGUAGCAAUGGUCCCCAGUGCUUGCAAAGCGGCGAGCAGAGUCCCGUACUUAUGAUGGGGAGUCAAGACAUGGUUGGCAACUGCCAGGAGAUGAGUUCCCUCACCUGUUCCCUCACUUGUUCACAAAGUCUUUUGACAUUCUCGCCUUUGAAGAAUCCUCUGCCUUCCAUGAAUCAGGAUUCUCCCUAUCCUAAGAGUCCCACAUUCCCUAAAAAAAAGAACGAGGAGAACCGCUUGAGUAGGACAUUCUCAAGGAGAGACACGGUACACCCAAAUCGAGCUGACAGAGGAGAGAGCUCUUCAGCGAACCUCGCCAGCAGUGAUGGAAGAGUGAAGCAGGGCAGCACACCUCCCCAGGAACCAGAGACCUCUCAGCAUUGUUCAGCAGCCUACAGUGAGAACUCAAACACCCCUCUCAGCUGCCCCUCGACACAAGUGGAUAUAGAGGGGGCAGGUAGCAUGUCCCGGGGAGAGGGCGCGGUGCACUAUUACUGGGGUGUCCCCUUCUGCCCCCAGGGUUUGAACCCAGACGAUUACACCAAGGUGAUCCUGUGCCAGCUGGAGGUGUAUGAGAAGAGCCUGAAGCAGGCUCAGAGGGGGCUGCUGCGCAAGGCAGAGUGGGGGGAGCCCGUGCUCACAGCCUCCCAUGAAACACUCUCCUCCCGCAGGACCAGUCUCUCCCGACUGGGCAAGGGGGCAGGUAACAGCCGGAGCUUUCAGGGCAUUCAGAGCCCUCGGCACAGCGAGCAGGAGGAAGGAGAGGAGAAGAGCUCUCAGCAUGACAAGGAGGGCAGAGAGAGAAGAGAGGAGGAGGAACAACAGGAAGAGGAGACAUCCAACUCGCAGCAGCAGGCAGUUAGUAUGGCAUCUUCAGCAAUGAUCAGAGCAGAAGGCACCACGGAGACCUGGCUGAACUUGAGAAGGAGACGUGGCCUGAGGGAGAGGAGCCCCAGAGAGCCAGAGGAGCAGCAGGAACAGAGAGUAGAGGAGGAGGAGGAAGAGAUGGACUUGGACAUCUGUCCAGAAAGCCAGCUCAGUGAAGAGUCCAGCCAGCCUCUGCUUAAAGAUACCCCUGCAGGGACACAGUGCCUGGAGGAUGUUGUAGAGAAGCCAGGCUCAGCCCCCGUCUUACAGAGAGGACAGCGUGUGGAGUGUCCAAUCUGCAUGCAGAGCUUCCCAAAGAACCGCAUUGAGAUGCACGCAGCCUACUGUGAUGGAACCAGGGAAUCUGAGGAGGUGGAGGAGGAGACUGCCUCACAGGUGAUGAGCCUGAGACGAAGCAUCAGGAAAGCAGGCUCCUCGGAUGCUGCUGAACCCAGUACGUCCUGCUCUGACAGAUCAGCUCAGAAGGAGAAGUGCUACAUCUGCCAAGACUGGAUUUCAAUAAAGGAGUACCAGAGCCACGUCGACAACUGCAUUAGCAGGGGCAGAAACUGGAAAAGCAAGAAGCUCCUGGCUGCUUUAGAGCAUUCAGAACGUAAAGAUUCAGGAAAUGCAGAGGUUGGCACUUCAGAUUCCUUUAUCAACCACAGAGAAGACGGUGGGCUUGUCUCGUGCCUGGAUGAUGAGGAGCAGGAGCCUGGCAGUGGUGGGGACGAGCCUGCUUGCCCCUUCCAAUUGAGCGAUUCUCCCAUCAGAUCCUUUGUGCCCAUCUCCCAAGCCACGGACUGCCUCGUUGACUUCAAAAAGCAACUAACGGGGCCGACUGAAGGGCACAAGAGGAAGAAUUUCAUUACCAAAAUAGGAAAGAUCCUGACACCCAGGAGUCAUGCAUUCCUACAAGUAAAUGAUGAGGCUACACGCGAUGAAGAUAGGAGCAAAUGAGCUAAACGUUUAUACACCAAACAGAAGUGAAACUCAGAUUCAAAUUACAUGUGAAGUUGCACAGUACGACUUGCACUCAAACCUUUGCUUAAAAUGGGAACAUGUAAGGGGACAAUUUAAUAAA